AUGGCCAUCGCCUCUUCUCGCCGAUGGAAUGUCUACCAUGGACUCGGACUCCUUGCCGCAGCAUCCACUCCUCUCGUGCUGUGGGUGUUGGUCAAGAGGAGGCGAAAGGCCGGCUUGGCAUUCCGAACUGCUCUGAUUCCGAUCUUGAGAUCCCAAGUGGAGGCAACAGAGGGCGAAGGUGGCUGGCAGGUGGUGGAGUUCUUGCCCGAGCUGCGCCCCGUGGUCCUCGCCUGGGAAAGCCACCCUGCCCCCGAGCGGCCGAAUGUGUGGCACGGACCCCCUCCGCAUCACCCACAGGUAGAAGUGAUUCACGUUUCUGCAAACGAUCCUCCCUACCAUCCUUCCGCUUCCUAUGACAGGGACACCAAGAGCUCUGCCAAAUAUGAUCCUCAUCCAGGGCGUGGGCGGAGUGGGCAUGCUACCGGCUCCGAGUCGAGGGGGUCAGCAUCCCGCAACAAUUGGGACAACGAGGCUGAACGAUGCAGCACCCCGCGAAAUGAUGCUAGACAUCAGCCGGCGGCUUUUCCGCAGGCAGGCGCCAGUGCAGCGUGCUCAGCCGAAUCGUCGUCGCGCCCGCCUGCAGAAAGAUCGAGUGCCCCUGGAGCUUGUUCUUCGCGCGGAGCAAGUGUGAGUUCUCCGCCGUCCAAAGUGAGCAGGCUGGAGGAAGCCAAGCAAUUGGCGGAUCGCUUGAUUCGCAUCGAUCGUGGACGCUCGCAAUACAAAUGGAUUCAAGCCUUCGAGCUGGAGGAACACUUUCAGGUGAAGCAUCUGGAAAGCAAAAAGAGAACCAUUGCCUUGCGCUUGCAUCCGGACAAAGUGGAUGAUGAAGUGGCAAAAUACUGCGGCGGCCAUGAUCGGGUGAAGCAGGCAUAUCACUUCAUGGACGAGGCUUACAAAGCCGCAAAACAGUGGCUGGACGAGAAAGAGCACAAUCGCCUCCCGCCGUGGGAGAGGCCACCGUGGUUUUCUUCAAGGCAAGCUGCUCCAAAGGCACCGGCACCGCCGUCGUUUCCCAAGGUUGCUUCAGCAAAGGAUUCCGUUAGAAGCCCUUCGAGCGAACCAGACUCCUCUGAACGUGGUGAGCUGCUUGCAUUGCUGCAGGACCGUCGCAAGGUCGAAAAAGUGGUGGUUUGUUUUAUAUCGAAGCAAAGGAAGGAGGCCGAAGCUUUGAAGUUCAACAGAGCGCUCAUCGACCCUGCUGUGCAAGCGGCAAAGCCGAAGAGCGCUGCUUUGAGUGGAGACUGGCGGGAUGUCGGAAGAGGAUUACUGGGACAUCAGUUUCCCUUUCCAUGGCGCCGUAUGGAGCAUGAGCGGGAGAUCGCGCUGCGACCAAAGACGCGUUGGGAACUACUGACCUUUGAGCUCAACGAGGGCCGGACCGCCUGUGUCCUGCACCGGGACGGGAAGUGGCUCUCUUUCGACCGCAGCUGCCCUCACGCCGGCAUCGAUCUCCUCGGUGGAGAUGUGGAGGAUCUAUCCGAGCUCGGAGCAGGGGUGGUGGUGGCGUGCCCAGCUCACACCUACCUCUUCGAUCCGAUCGUUGGCACUUGCCUUUGGGAUGCUUCACGGGGUCUCCCUGAGACCCCGCCGCUACAAACCUACGAG